UCUUCGAAUACAACCGCGAUGUAUAGCCUUCUCGGCCCCGCUCUAUUUGCGUCUCUCGUUGCGGCCCAUGGCCAUGUCACCAACAUCGUUAUUAACGGUGUCUCCUUUGAUGGGUGGGACAUAAACAGUUAUCCUUAUGCGCAAUCGCCUCCAGUAGUGGUGGCUUGGGGUACCCCAAACACUGCCAACGGCUUCGUUUCUCCGGAUGCGUACAAGUCCUCCGACAUUAUCUGCCACCUUAAUGCUACUAAUGCUAAAGGUCACGCUGUAGUAGCUGCCGGUGAUAAAGUCUUUCUUCAGUGGACUCCCAACUGGCCAGAAUCGCACCAUGGACCGAUCAUUGAUUAUCUCGCUAGUUGCGGCGCAGGUGGCUGCGAAACCGUGGAUAAAACCACGCUCAAGUUCUUCAAGAUUGACGGUGUCGGGCUAGUUGAUGAAACCAAUGUCCCCGGCAUCUGGGCCGAUGAUCAGCUCAUAGCCCAAAAUUCGGGAUGGAUGGUCGAGAUUCCUUCCACCAUCGCCCCUGGACAUUAUGUCUUGAGACAUGAAAUGCUCGCACUCCAUGGCGCAGGCACUGAGGGUGGGACCCAGAAUUAUCCCCAAUGCUUCAACCUACAAAUCACCGGCUCUGGGACAGACCAGCCAUCAGGUGUCUUAGGUACUGAUUUGUACAGCCCAACGGAUCCUGGUAUUCUUUUGAACAUUUACACAUCUCUGUCAACCUAUAUUGUCCCAGGGCCAACUCUUUACAGUGGUGCGGUCUCAAUUACACAAACCACCUCGGCAAUUACCGCCUCUGGUACACCAGUGACAGGGACAGGCGGUGCUACCGGCGGCGCAACUACAACCUCAACCUCCAAGACCACUACUAGCACGACACUGGUGACAUCUACCCGUACUACCACUACUACUACCAGCAAGGUCACCACUACCACUGCUGCUGGAGGGGGCGGAGCAACCCAGACUCUCUACGGACAGUGCGGAGGAGACAAUUGGACAGGACCAACGGCAUGUGCAUCGCCAGCGGCCUGUUCUUCGUCAAACCAGUGGUAUUCUCAGUGUCUUCCAACUGCUGCUUAA